ACCGAUGGGAACAACUAUACCUGAAUCAAGAGUCACUUUGGUUAUCUGACAGAUCUAUACAUCGCGGGCGGUUUAUGUGUGCGUGCGAAUAAGGGCAUUCAAAGAGCGGCAGUUUACGGUUAGACAGGAACGGGAACGCAUCGGUACAAUGGCGACGACGCUGAAAAUUGACGCAACAGUGGUUCCUCCGUUCAAACCAGGACACGACACUCGUAGCGAUUGGCUCAAAUGGAAACGCGUAUUGGAGCGCUAUUUGAAGCUGAGCAAAGUGACCGAUGAAGAAGAGAAAUGUGACCUGUUGUUGGUACUCGGUGGUAUUGAAUUGCAAGACCAAUAUGAGAAAAUUGUCCAUUAUGAAGUUAUGACCACCGAUGCUGAGACAGAUGAACAGAGAGUUGACAAAUAUGCGUCGAUCAUCCUAUCGCUUGACAGAUACUACGUACCCAGAACAAACAAGCGAUAUGAACGUCAUCUGUUGCGCAGUAUCAAGCAGGAAGAGACCGAAUCAUUCGACAAUUUCAUUAACCGCAUACGAGAACAAGCCAACAGAUGUGAAUUCACUGACGUCAGCGAUGCUACGAUCGAUCAAAUAAUCGAAGGCUGUCUCUCCCAAGACUUCCACAAGAAAUUGCUGUCGGAGGACAAAUCUUUCGAGGAAAUACUGCAGCUGGGAAAAGCAAUGGAAGACCUGCAAACUCAGUGUAAGGCGUAUGUGAAAGAUGUUCGUCCAUCAGAAUUCGUACAACGAGUGCAGCCGUCCUCGCAGCCAUCAAACAAGUCAGCAGUGAGAUGUUUUAGAUGCAACCGUUUGGGUCACAUUGCGCGCGACAAGAACAAAUGCUCAGCAUCUGGUGUGAAAUGCCAUACAUGUGGCGAGCUUGACCACUUCAAAAUUUGCUGUCCGAAAAAACGCAAAUGGGAUGGAAGUGACAACUCGGGACCUGCUAAGAAACAAAAGGUGGCGUUCAGGAGAGGAUUAUACUGCGUCAACGCUGGAGAUAAAAGCGAUACCUUGGCUUUCGAAGUUGGUGGCAUAAAAAUACAGAUGUUAGUUGAUUCCGGUUCACCGCCUAAUAUCAUCACACAGAAGACUUACGGAGAGCUGAAACGAGCAGGAGCAGAUAUCAUCAACGAGCGCGAAGCAUUGGAAGAGAGCAAGCAAUACCAAGGAUACGGAUCAUCAGACACCAUCCACUUCAGUAAGGCUUUCGAAACCGAAAUAAAAAUACCAGGUGAAGAAAAUGGAGUCUGGAGUUACGUUCUGGUUUCUCCUAAUGGGCAAACCAAUUUACUAUCCAAAUCGACGGCUUUUGCUCUCGGAGUACUGAGAAUCGGCUAUGACGUUGGAAGCGAAGUCAAUACCAUUACUGGCGCUGAACAAAACCCUAAAUCGCCUUUCCCAAAAGUGCCAGGAAUUCAGUUGAAAAUACACAUUGAUCCAUCCGUCACUCCUGUAUGUCAGCCAAUACGACGUUUACCUAUCGCUAUGGAAGCAGAAGUUGAACAACAGAUACAAGAGUUACUGGCACAAAAGAUCAUAGAGAAGGUUGAACAUCCCACAAGCUGGGUAUCUCCACUAGUUCCUGUCCGGAAAAGCGAUGCGAAACUCCGUCUGUGCGUCGACCUUCGAGCAGCGAAUAAGGCAGUACUAACCGAGAAAUAUCCGAUGCCCAACAUAGAAGAAGCUUUAUCGUCUAUCCACAAAGCUGAAAUGCUGUCAACGCUUGAUUUGGAGUCCGCAUUUUACCAUCUUGAGCUUGAAACAGAAAGCCGUGAUAUAACUACAUUUGUUUCGAGAAGUGGACUGUAUCGUUUCACACGACUCGUUUUUGGAAUAAAAAGCGCUCCGGAGCUAUUCCAAAAGACAAUAGCAAACCUUAUCGGCGGGAUCAAAGGGGUCAUAAUAUACCUCGAUGAUAUAUUGAUCUUUGCUGAUUCAGUCGAAGAACACGAUCGCAUUCUUGCAUUGGUAAUGGAGCGACUGAAAACCUUCAACCUAAAGGUAAACGAAACGAAGUCCGUAUUGAGAGCAUCAAGCGUUGAAUUUCUUGGGUUCAAGGUUUCGAAGAAGGGAGUAAGUCUCACUGAAACGAAGAUUAAGGCAUUUCUGGACAUGCGCGCUCCACAAACAACUAGUGAGCUGCGUUCACUUCUGGGUACUGCACAGUUCUUUGGAAAGUUCAUUGAGAACCUUUCAAUGCGUACCCAUCACAUGAGGCAACUACUGCAUAAGGGAACCGCGUUUUGUUGGAAGCCAUGCCAUCAAAAGGAACUUGACGAUCUGAAAACGUCGAUAGCAGAUCAAAGGACGCUCAAGUAUUACGAUCCUCGUGAUAAAACGUAUUUGAUAACCGAUGCCGGUCCGAGCGGCCUGGGCGCAGUUUUAGCACAAGCAGAAAAUGAUGAAAUUCGUCCGGUUGUGUGUAUUUCUCGAAGCCUCACACCUUGUGAAACCAAAUACUGUCAAACCGAGAAAGAGUGUCUCGGAAUUAUCUGGGCUAUGGAAAAAUUGUAUAUCUAUCUCUACGGAACACGUUUCAUCCUCAUUACGGAUUGUAAGCCGCUUGUGUAUUUGCUUGACCGCGUCCGUUCGAGACCAUCCGCUCGAAUGGAGAGAUGGAUAUUACGUCUCCAGAAUUUUGACUUCGAUACACGUUAUGAACCGGGCGACAAAAACGUUGCCGAUGCUUUCUCAAGGCUUUGUUCACCCCAGACCCAUGGUGCUCACGAAACAGAUGUUGUGAGCUGGAUAACACCUUACAUGCAGCCAUGUAGAAUCAGCAAAACUGAACUGGAACGAGCCAGUGCAGAGGAUACGAUUUUGAACAAAAUCCGUGAAGCUUUGACAACAGGGGAUUGGACGGACGUUCCGGCUCAGUUCAAAACACUUGGAAUCAAAGAGGAACUGUCCCAGUACGGGCUAGAUGACCUCGUAGAAAAGACCUUGAAAGCGUGUAAGGAAUGCACGAUGAUGGCGAAACCUGAUCAACCGUGCCCAAUGGCAAGAAGACUACCGACUCUCCCGUGGCAGGAUGUUGCAAUGGAUUUCAUCGAAGGACUGCCCCAGGAUUACUCAUUGCUCGUAGUAGUUUGCUACACAACUCGAUACACAAUGGUAGAACCAAUGAAGCAUCCAACUUCGUCGAUGGUGGUGAUGGCACUGCUGAAAAUGUUCAGCAAAUUUGGCAUCCCUCAAUCGAUAACAACUGAUAAUGGCCCUCAGUUCCGUGCCGCAGAACUCGCAAAGUUUUGCAACUCCUACAAUAUACAUCUGAACCUAACAACUCCGUACUGGCCGGAACGCAACGGUGCUGUCGAAAGACAAAACCGUAAUUUGAAAAAGAGGAUUAAAAUCAGUGUGGCACAGGAGACCGAUUGGAAGCGGGAUCUCUACGAAUAUCUCUUGUUCUAUCAUUUGACCCCUCAGGAAACUACCGGCCUGUCUCCAGCAAAAAUGAUGUUUAACCGAGAGCUGAUUAGCUAUCUACCGACGAUUCAGGAUCCGAAGAGAGUAUUCUUUGAAGGAGCAGAAGAACGUGAUGCGUUGACCAAGGAACGUAAAAAGCAAUAUGCCAAUACAAACAGACAUGCCAAAGAAAACGAUCUUGUGGCUGGUGACACCGUGUUAAUGCGUAAUUUGAAACUAGGAUCAACCCAACCAAACUUCCGACCAGAAGAGUUUGAAGUAAUCGAUGCGAACGGUAGUGAACUUGAGGUCAGGUCUAGAGAAACCGGAAAGGAGUACAAGAGAAACCGAACUCAUUUGAAGAAACUAUCCUCUCACGACUCCAGCGACGUUGAUAUACAAUCAGGUCUACAAUCACUUCCAUUGGACGUUGUCGACGACUGCCGGGAACCUAUCAGUAACGGGUCUCAUUGCGAACAAGAGCAGACAAGCUUCGAAGUGGUACAGCAAGAAGCGGAUAGUCGCCCCCGAAGGAAAAGAAACGCUCCAGGAAGAUACAGAGAUUUUCACGUGUAUCAGUAA